UGUCUGGACUAUUUUGAUCUCUACUACAUACUAUGCCUGGAAAUUGCUCUAUGGUAGAUAUGAAACUCGCUACUCCGAAACCGAAAAUAGAGAAGUCUCUUACCUCGUCAGCUUCCAGAGAAUCGUCUUGACACUCUGGGUGACACGUAAACGUAAGUUGAUGUGUCACAAUAUCAAUAGGCCGCAGCACUCAUACAUUUUUUAUAGAUGACGGAGAGCGUAAGUUAGUAACACGCACGAUUGGUAUCUUCCCCAAAGGAUGGAUGUUUAUUCGUUCCAAGUGCGAUGCUAACCUUUUCAUCACUGUUUCUGACAAGAAGAAGGGCGCCAAGCUGAUCUUACACAAGCUGGAUACUAAGGGAUUCACCCGUCAAUUAUGGAGAUACCGUGACGAUGGCUGUUUGGUCAAUAUGGAAACUGAUUACGUUAUUGACGUUGCUGGUGGCAAACUUACUCAUAAUGCCAACAUCAUUCAAUGGAGUUCCAAGUUCUUGCGUUCCAGCCGUAAGAACCAAGUCUGGGGCCUUUCCGUUGAAGGCCAUAUUCAUACACAAAGCAACCCCGACCUUGUCCUUGCCUCUGUCGGUGACCAUGCCAAGGAAGGUUCUGCAUUGAAGCUUGUCAAGCGUGGAAACUCAAGUCUCGCUUAUCAGCAAUGGACAUUUGCCUAUCCCCUCUUCAAGAGCACCAAGUAUACAACUUAUGCUUCUCAACAAGCUCACAGACACAGUCUUGUCUUGGAAAAGGUGGGCGAUACUACCUCCAUUGACGUCUCAAAGGACGAACGUUAUGAACGUAUCACCAAACGUGUGGUCACUCGACGAUGGGCCGUGUUCCCUACCGAGAAGUUCUUUAUUCGUAUGUCUCACGGCGACAAGAAACUUGCUCUUACUGUUGAGUACGACGAAUCUUUGUCCUACAAGUACAGAAUCGUUAUUCGUACUCUCAACUUCAAGUCUUACAAGUGGCAACUCUGGUCAUACCAAGAUGGAUAUUUGGUAAAUGAGCAAACCGGUUUGGUCCUUGAUGCUCAGUUAUCCGAAGAUGUAUCUAUUGAAGGCGCUCAAUCUCAGAUCUACUUGAAAGAAAAAUCUUCCAACGAAGGCCAGUACUGGGAUCUCGGUGUAAAUGGUGAAAUUCACUUGAGAUCAAAUGAACGAUUGACUAUUGGUGUCGCCAAAUCUGAAGAUGCUUCUGUUGAAGGUGCUGUUGUCGGUCUUCGCAAGGUUCGUCUUGUUCGCUCAGAAACUGAUAGCAAGCAGGUCACUACUCUCAAAUCAGAUGAAUGGUUACGUUGGUCUUUCUCUAAACCUGUCUUUGGUACACGCACUAUUGCUACCGAAUCAGGUGAAGCUUUGGAAAUCGAACGUUGUGAUGAACAAGCUGCUGUUGUUCAAGAACAAGAUGAAGAACUCCAUGAUGAAGAAGAGGAAGAAGAAGAGGAAGAGGAGGAAGUUGAGGAAACCGAAGAACACGCUGACGAAAGUGAAUAUGAAAUUCAAACCCCCAUUCAAACACCUUCCUCUUCUUCAAAGACUUCUACCACCGCAGGUGUCGCCAUUGUUGGUGCUGGUGUUGUCGCUGGUGCUGCAGCUGCUGUUACUGAAGCUAUCAAGUCAGAAACUGUUCCUUCAAAGGAAUCAACUACUGUAACCACCACUACUACUGAAAAGGUUGAUGAUGCUACUGUUGUCAAGGUUGAAAAGACUGUUACCCAAGCUCUUCAAUCUAGCUCUAAGCCUAACUCCAGACCUGGAUCAAGGCAUGGUUCUAGAUCUAAUUCUCCUUCAGGCAAGUCUAACAGAUCUGAGCGUUUGACUCGCAAGGAUUCUUUCCAAUUAGAAGACAACUAUGUCCCUACUGGUUUUGAAAAGGUAGUCCGUUACAAGAACCAUCAUGGUAACUUCCCUAAUGGCUACUUCUUCAUCAAGAGCUCAUUGCAUGGCUUCGUUUUGGAUCUUGUUGAAGAUGCUCAUGAUGGUGUUUAUGUUGUAAUGACUCGUAUGAAGACUACCGACUUUGCUAGCCAGCUCUGGUCGUAUGAUAAUGGGUUCUUGAUUAACCUCAAGGGUCGCCAUUUGGUUUUAGAUGCUUCCACUGCUACAUUGCUUGCAGCUGGUGAACGUCUUCACUUAUCUACUAGAAACAGUCCUGACGAAGGAUACGAUGAUCAAACUUGGGAAUAUAGUCAUGAAGGUUUAAUUCACUUGAAGUCUAAGCGCUCUAUCGUCCUAUCUCUUAAGGAACUUAAGCGCUCUGACAAGCAUGUUCAAAUUGAUAUCUACUGUCAAGAAGCUAAGCCUCUCAUUAAGAAACAAGCUCGCCCAGAACAACAUUGGGAAGUUUUGAUUCCUUCUUUGAUUCCUGUUAAGCAAGGCGAAUCUGGUGUCAAGAUUGUUGAAUCAGGCAAGAUUGAAUCUGUCACAAGCUCUGCUUCAGCUGUCGUUUGCUACAAGUGGAUUAAAGAAACCUAUCUCCACAAGGUUACUGCUGAAAACCAAUGGCCAGGUACUGAAGGAUGGUUCUUUAUCCGUUUUGGCUCUAUGAACCACUUCCUUGCUUCUGGUGAAACUGCUCAGAGUGAAGUCGGUCUUUAUGAAAUUACCGAAAAGAGUGAUUACAAAAGAUUUUUGUGGACUUAUGUUGACGGUUACUUGAUCAACUACAAGUAUAUGCUUCGCUUGAUCUUGAGUACAUCCCGUCGAUGGAUCUUAUCCAACUCUCACUCCACUCUCAGUCAAAAGUUCUAUAUUUCUUCAAAUGGAUUGCUCUCCAUUCGAAUCUCUAAAACUAUUUACUAUAUCCGCUUCAUUAUUGUAAAUGGUAUUUACAAGUUGGAUGUUACGUCUGAUUCCUCUGUCAAGGAAACUCAAGGCUUGGAAUUCCAUAUUCCUGUUGUUUCUGAUGCUGAAUAUCAAAAGAAUCUGGUCUAUACUUAUAGCACUGCUUACACUUGGAUCCGUAAGCAGAAGGCUGAUUGGGCUCUUUUGACCACUACCACCUCUACUCGUAGAGCUUUGUUCCCUGUCAAUACUUGGUUCUUUGUCAAGGUCAGCGGCGCUGAAGACUUGGUUUUGACCGUUACCAGCGAUGAAUCAAAGUCUCCACUUAUAUUGAAGAAGUUAGACUUCAGGGCCUUUAAAUCACAACUGUGGACCUUCAACGAUGGUCACUUGAUCAACUAUGGUAACAAGUUCGUUAUCGAUGUUGAAGGUAAAUCCAAGUGAACUUGAUAUCUUGUAUAAGAAAUACUAACUUUAUUUUUCAGGCACUGUUGAUGUUUUAUCAAAGGUCAUCAUUUCACGUGAAUCUGCUAUCAGUACUCAGAAGUGGAUCUUGACCACUGAAGGUCACAUUGAACUUGAUAGCCAUGAUUAC